AUGUCACACUGGAAGAAAGGGACCAUUGCUGCGCAUCAGGGCUAUGCGUCAAGUGCAGACAAAAGGGGCAUGGCAUCAAACAAUGCCCCAAUGGCUGGAAAGCCACAAUCAAGGAAGCAGCUAAGGAUUACCAUCAAACCCUUGGUUUCAAAAAUAGAACUGCAUGUAUCUGUCUUGGAAUUUGUAAAUAUUGCUACAGACUCCAACAAAAAACCACUCCUAUUCAUAGACCUAAUACUGCGUGACUACCCAACAGACCCAAUUAAAACCCUCAUUGAUUCAGGCGCUACCUCUAAUUUCAUAUCCCCUGCUCUAGUAGAAAAACUCAAAAUCCCAAAAACCCUACUCAAAAACCCACAAGUAGUGAGAAUGCUAGAUGGUACUAUAUCUCAGACUGGUUGUAUCUGGCACCAGGUUCAACUUGUGGUUUUGGCCAAUGGCCACCCCCAUUCCAUUCCUUUCCUUGUAUGCCCCAUAGGAAACACGCCUGCCAUACUAGGCAUGACAUGGCUCACCCAGGAGUCACCCCUUAUUGACUGGUUGCUAGGUACCAUUGCCUUCCCUGAGCAAGUACAAAUUGCAUCAGAGGAAGAAGCAGACCCUGAUCCUUUGGCCAAACUACCCACUGAAUACCACAAGUCUGCCCAGGGCUUUGGCAAAGAAGAAUUUAAGGUCCUUCCUCCUCAUAGGGAGUGUGAUAUUGCAACCAACCUGCUCCCUGAUGCCAAGCUUUCUCCUGGACCAAUUUAUGGCAUGACCAACGCAGAAUCUAAGGCGCUUAAACAGCACAUUGACAAAGAAUUAGCAACAGGCAAGAUCCGCCCUAGCACUUCAUCUGCUGGUGCCCUGGUUAUGUUUGUAAAAAAGGCUGAUGGAUCACUACAACUAGUUGUUGACUAUAGGAAGCUCAAUGAAGUCACCCAUAAAAACAUUUACCCACUUCCUAGACAGGAUGUGUUAUGGAUAUGA